AUGGCUCCCAGCACUGCGUUCAUGGAGCCCGACAACCUGCUGACACCAAAGGAGAAAAACAAACUGAGGAAGCCAGUGGUGGAGAAAAUGCGCCGUGACCGGAUUAACAGCAGCAUCGAGCAGCUGAAACUGCUCCUGGAGAAGGAGUUUCAGAGACACCAGCCCAACUCCAAGCUGGAGAAGGCCGACAUCCUGGAGAUGACUGUCAGCUACCUGAAGCAGCAGAGCCAGCUGCAGAUGAAGACUGCAGGAUCCUUCCAUAAAAGCUCUCAGUUUGACUUCAGAGAGGGCUAUUCUAGGUGUUUGCAAGAAGCUUUCCAUUUCCUCUCUCUUCAUAAAGUCCGAACUGAAACACAGACGAAACUUUUAAGCCACUUCCAGAAGAGCCAGUCAGCUGCUAUGGAAGCUGCCUUUUCCCCUGGGAGCCCCAGCACCCCGAAGCAAGCGUCUCCGAAAGAUGCCGGUACGCUCUGGAGACCCUGGUAG